ACCUCCUCCACUAUCAACCACACCUCUGGAGUCUGUGGGUGGUGUGGCGAGGAGAGGGUUAAUUAUCUCUCUCUGAGGAAUGGCAGUUCAACUUCUGACUCAGCUCUUCUCGUCUCCGAUUGGAUGGUAUCGAGCGGCGACGGUGUGUGUGUCCCGCGGCAUCCCCCAGUGUGUGUGUACGGAGCGGCGAGGGCGUGUGAGGUGCUGCGCUCCGAGGUGUUCUCCUCUUGUCACACACAUGUUCCCAUCAUGCCUUUCAUUAUGCGCUGCCAACAGGAAGCCUGUCAGGAGACAGACGUCUGUGAUGUCAUUUCCUCCUACACACAUCUCUGCCGACAGAGAGGACUCUGUGUCCACUGGAGAAGCACAAACCUCUGCCCCAUGCAAUGCCCCAGCUCCAUGGAGUAUGAUGCAUGUCGGACCGGGUGUGUGGAGGACUGCAGCAGCAUUGGCCUGUCGCCUGGCAACUCGGGGGUUCUUAGUGGUAACGGGAGUGUGUGUAUCACCAAGCCAACAGAAGGGUGUUUUUGUCCAAGGAACACGGUGCCUUUGGGGGGAGAGUGUGUGUCACCUGACGCCUGCAACCAGUGUGUCGACCAGCACGGACACACACACCCGUAUCUACAGAGCUGGGUGCCAGAGGAGAACACGUGUCUGAUUUGUAUGUGUCUGGAUCGCCAACGUAUCAACUGCACUGCUCGCACCUGCAUUGAUCAUAAAGCUCCAGCGUGUGGACCAUGUGAGGUUCUGAGGGAGAAGAGGGAGUCCAAGUGUUGUCCGGAAUACGAGUGUGGUAUGUACUACAUUACUAGAAUUCUUUACUAA